CCAUUAGGCCGGUUGGCAACGGGGUAGACAACAGUAUUCGGGUCCUUCUCAAACCUCUGCUCUUGGUUCCCGAGCUUCAGCCUCAGGAUCGAUCUGCCUUCUGAGACUUUGCCCUUCUUCAGGGAGAGCACUCAGGAGAUCAGGAGAAUGGCCACGGGGCUCCUGAAAGCCAAAAAAGAGGCGUUCGUGGCGUUCGGGGAUGUGGCUGUGGACUUCACCCAGGAGGAAUGGAGGUUGUUGACCCCUGCUCAGAGGACCUUGCACAGGGAGGUGAUGCUGGAGACUUACAACCACUUGGUCUCACUAGCUGGAGCGAGGGGAAGAGCCCUGGAUAAAGGAGAGACAACGUCUGCUGGUUCUCUGUCCAGGAAGCCUCCCUUCCUCUCACUUGGCAUUGUUUUCUGCGGGGGAUACUUGUGA